AAUCGAAAAUAUCCAGACGAAGGUAGAAGCCUCCAGAAGCAGAGGCUCCCGCCCCUGUUUUGUUGGCUAACAGAAGGUCCUGGAACGCUUCCCCUCCACUAUAUAUACCCAUCGUCUUCUCCACGCGAAGAACAACCCAGCAUCAAUUCGUAAUCCAAGUACCAGUGCGAUCGCAUUCUCCAAUCACAAAUCCCUCUCUCUCUCUCUCUCUCUACAUAUAUCUUUGCACUUGUUUCUCUCUCCGAAGCAUUCAUCUGUCUAAGAUUCCUCGAUGGCGGACGUUCAGAUGGCAGACGCUGAGACCUUCGCCUUCCAGGCCGAAAUCAACCAGCUUCUGAGCCUAAUCAUCAACACCUUCUACAGCAACAAGGAGAUAUUCCUCCGUGAACUCAUUAGCAAUGCCUCUGACGCGCUGGAUAAGAUCCGAUUCGAGAGCUUGACGGACAAGAGCAAACUCGAUGGCCAGCCGGAGCUAUUCAUCAGGAUCGUCCCUGACAAAACCAACAAGACUCUCUCUAUAAUUGACAGCGGUAUUGGGAUGACCAAAGCAGAUUUGGUUAACAAUCUGGGGACAAUUGCGAGGUCUGGGACCAAAGAAUUUAUGGAGGCAUUGCAGGCCGGGGCUGACGUGAGCAUGAUUGGGCAAUUUGGUGUUGGGUUUUACUCGGCGUAUCUUGUUGCGGAGAAGGUGAUUGUGACGUCAAAGCACAACGAUGAUGAGCAAUACAUUUGGGAAUCACAAGCUGGUGGCUCAUUCACCAUCACAAGGGAUGUCAAUGGUGAGCAGCUUGGCAGAGGAACCAAAAUCACCCUCUUCCUCAAGGAAGAUCAGUUGGAGUACUUGGAAGAGAGGAGGAUCAAAGACCUUGUAAAGAAGCACUCCGAAUUCAUCAGCUACCCCAUCUACCUCUGGACUGAAAAAACAACAGAGAAGGAAAUUAGCGAUGAUGAAGACGAUGAGCCAAAGAAGGAAGAAGCAGAGGGUGAAAUUGAAGAGGUUGAUGAGGAGAAAGAGAAGGACAAGCCGAAGAAGAAGAAGGUCAAAGAGGUUACCCAUGAGUGGCAACUUAUCAACAAGCAGAAACCCAUCUGGCUUCGCAAGCCAGAGGAAAUUACCAAGGAGGAAUACGCCGCCUUCUACAAGAGCUUGACAAAUGACUGGGAAGAGCACCUUGCUGUCAAACACUUCUCUGUCGAAGGGCAGCUCGAAUUCAAAGCCAUUCUCUUCAUCCCGAAGAGAGCUCCUUUCGAUUUAUUUGACACCCGAAAGAAGAUGAACAACAUCAAGCUCUAUGUUCGGAGAGUCUUCAUUAUGGACAAUUGUGAAGAGCUAAUUUCGGAGUACCUUGGAUUUGUCAAGGGUGUAGUAGACUCUGAUGACUUGCCACUCAACAUCUCUCGUGAGAUGCUGCAGCAAAACAAGAUUCUCAAGGUGAUUAGAAAGAACCUGGUGAAGAAAUGUAUCGAGAUGUUCAACGAGAUUGCAGAGAACAAAGAGGAUUACAACAAGUUCUACGAAGCUUUUUCAAAGAAUUUGAAGUUGGGUAUCCAUGAGGAUAGCCAAAACAGGGCGAAAUUGGCUGAUUUGCUCCGGUAUCACUCAACCAAGAGCGGUGAUGAAUUGACUAGCUUGAAGGAUUAUGUCACAAGGAUGAAGGAGGGUCAGAAAGAUAUCUAUUACAUCACCGGUGAAAGCAAGAAAGCUGUAGAGAACUCCCCAUUCUUGGAGAGACUCAAGAAGAAAGGGUAUGAAGUACUUUUCAUGGUUGAUGCCAUAGAUGAGUAUGCUGUUGGGCAAUUGAAGGAGUAUGAUGGGAAGAAGCUUGUUUCUGUAACAAAGGAGGGUUUGAAACUUGAUGAUGAGACGGAGGAAGAGAAAAAGAAAAAGGAGGAGAAGAAGAAAUCGUUUGAGAAUCUCUGCAAGACAAUGAAGGACAUUCUUGGAGACAGGGUGGAGAAAGUGGUGGUUUCUGAUAGGAUUGUGGAUUCCCCUUGCUGUUUGGUGACUGGGGAGUAUGGUUGGACUGCGAAUAUGGAGAGGAUCAUGAAGGCUCAGGCGCUGAGGGACAGUAGCAUGGGGUCCUACAUGUCGAGCAAGAAAACAAUGGAGAUCAACCCAGAUAAUGGAAUCAUGGAGGAGCUGAGGAAGAGAGCUGAGAUCGACAAGAACGACAAGUCGGUGAAAGAUCUUGUGCUGCUGCUGUUUGAGACGGCUCUGCUCACUUCUGGGUUCAGCCUUGAUGAUCCCAAUACAUUUGCAGCGAGGAUUCACAGGAUGCUGAAAUUGGGUCUGAGCAUUGAUGAGGAUGAGGGAGCCGAGGAUGAUGCCGACAUGCCUGCUUUGGAGGAGGAGGGAAAUGAGGAGAGCAAAAUGGAGGAAGUGGACUGAGGCUAGUUGAGGGUAAGAGAAGUUGGGUUUUUUCUUUUCUGGUACAAAGGGUAUGAGUUGUUGAUAACUAGCAGUUGUAAUUGUCUCGAGUCUCUUGACAAAAGUUUUGUGUGUCUGGGAGGAGAAUUCCUCCCUCUGAUGGUCCAGUCUUGUGUUCCUUUUUGGGUUUGAGUCCUGUGUGGAUGUAAGUCACUGGAUUGUCCACUUGGGAUCAUAAUGAAAUAGUAUGUAUUGAGUCUU